CCAACAACCAAUACUGUGACUGACAUUCCACGAAGGUAGCAGUUACAGCCUUCAAUUGACUGCUUCGGUCUAUCUGUUAUAGUAUGUUGAAUUCAGCUUCAAUCAACGAAGAACAGUAUCCUCGGAAGCGGGCGUCAAGAGCAUGUACUAUGUGUCAUCUGCGAAAGGUGAAGUGCGAUGCUCUGAGCGUCUACCCCUGUACCAAAUGCAAAGUUGCAACGCUACGAUGCGUAUUACGAUCCUCAUAUCGUCGGCAGAACACCAUUAGCAGUACAACACGGGCUGAUAAAACCCGGCCUCAAGAAAAAUCCAUUCCAGAAGAUCCGGCUGCGGCAGAGCGUGUUCCAAGUCCGACAGAGGCCUGCGAUAGCGCAUUCAUGCAGAGUCACCUGCCCCCUGUCAGGCAGAGCGGCCCUUCAUUCGACGCUCAUGGGACGACUGCCAAUUAUGGGACCGCCUUCUCUUCUAUGGAUGCGGCGACCGGUGAGAACGUAGAUCGAGCCAUCAGUCACAUCGAAAAUCAAACGUCCGGCACUUCUGCUCAGGCGCAGAGCGGUGAUGGAAUGAGUGUUAUACAUGUUGACGAAAAGGCUGCCUUGCCACAUGUUCUCGGGAGCAUAUCAUUGCUUGAAAACCAGAAUGGAAUCCACAUAGUACCGAAUUCCCAUCUUCCCCUCCGCACAGCGGAUGCGUCCAAUGGCAGCUUAGGUGCCCCCGAAUGGUAUUCUAAAGCGCUAUCUCAGCUUGGAAAAUCGACACGCAUCUUCCUAUCAGACCAGGCCAUCUUGGUGCUGCCACGUGUUCCUGUCAUGGAGGCCCUUUUGGGCCUCUUCUUCGAGCAUGUGCACCCUCAUUUCCCUGUGGUCGAAAAGGAUACGCUGCUUGAAGGAUACGCUACGCGCAACUACUCCCUAUUGGUUCUUAAUUGUAUGUUCGCAUUGGCUUCGCACUUUGCCAGUGAGAGCCUUGUCAUGGCUGCCGGGGUGGGAACAUGCGGUAGCAAGGUGGAGCUGGUAGACCAUUUUGCAGAAAAGGCGCGACUCUUGGCCGACUUUGAGCUGGAACGUGAUCGCGAGGCUCAGGUUGCAGGUUUCCUGUUACUGACGCAAAUGUGGCAGACCUGGACAAUGGAGCGAAACCCCAGAUACUGGAUGAGUAGGGCUGCGAACGUAGGCAUGGCAAUGGGACUCUUUAGAAGGGUUAGGACGAUGCAAAUAUCCAGAGAGGAGAUGUUAAAGCGGAACCGUCUUGCCUUGCUUCUUUUGACAUGCGACGCAUUCAUCGCCACGGGAGUUGGAGCUCCAAUGACCAUUGCGGAAGAAGACAUCGAGCAAGAGUUACACGCUGAACAACAAUAUUUCGAGGGCUGUGUCACUUUAGCAAAGUCGUCGUACUCAAGUUAUGAUCGAUUCACCGAGCUCAACUUUAUGACGACCUCGGCCUCCAUUGGGUUGAUCCUCCGAGCAAUCUUGAAGGCGUUUUAUUCUGCUCGACCCGAACAUGCCCAACGCACGACUUUGGACAGUAUCGAGCGCAAGUUGCAAUUUUUCGACACUAUGAUCGCACAAGUCCCUCCCCAAGACUCUCAAGUCCUGUUUGGGGAAGGUCCACGUGACCGUAUCCUUGCACCGUUGCUCAGAAUGCAGUUUCUAUGCACUUGUGUGAUCCACUACCGCGGGGCCUGUGUAGGUUGUGGCGACGAUGACAUGCAACUACGCUACGAAAAUUGUCUUUUGACAACCGUUGUUGAGAUGUGUCAAGUGGCAAGCUACCUAAAUUCAGGUGGAUUUGUACCCUUCUGCCCAGGCUGGAUAACCACUGCUCUCUUUCAUGCAUCAGCUGUGCUCUUAGAAUUUUUUGCUGGUCGCAGGCAUAGUGCGAUGCCUGCUGUAGCAAUCGACUUCCAUGUCCUUUUGAGACAGUUGAUUGGAAACCUAGAGACAUUAAAGUGCAGAUGGAAUUUCGCUGCAUGGAUGUGCAGGACCGUGAGCGCUGCCUAUGAGCUGACCAGAAGGAAAGUCGACGAAGGCCGAAAAGGAAAACAGCAGCAAACAGCAAAGGUUUACAGUGAUAUUGUGACAACAGAAAAUAUGGAAGCAUUUCCAGCGUGGCAUAUCCCAUUCAACGACGAUUCUACAAUUGGGUUUGACUGGAACGCAAUUCUGUUUAAUAUGAACGAACUAGGAUAGACUAGGUCAAACAAAAGGGAAAUAUUAGAAGUAA